GGGGCGGGGAUCUCCGCAGUCAGCUGUUCGGUGUCUGUUCGCUCGGUGUGUCUCCUUCGCCCGCCCCGCCCUCUCCCGGUGCUUCCGCUCGCUGCGCCCCGAACCCGCCGGGUCAAUGAGCCGCUCGCUCCGCCCAGCGCCGGGCCCGGGCCGAUGGACACCAGCGACCUGUUCAGCAGCUGCAGGAAGGGCGACAUCUACCGUGUGCGAUACCUUGUGGAGCAGAGAGACGUGGAACUGAACGUCCGGGACAAGUGGGACAGUACUCCAUUAUAUUACGCCUGUCUUUGUGGACAUGAGGAAUUGGUGCGGUACCUUUUAGCCAAUGGUGCCCGGUGUGAGGCGAACACAUUUGAUGGGGAGCGAUGUUUGUACGGUGCGCUUAGUGACACCAUCCGCAGAUUGCUAAAAGAAUACAAGCGAAUCACAGCAAAGUGUAUGCAGAGAGAUUAUUAUGACGACUUCUUGCAGAGGUUUUUGGAGCAGGGCUCCUAUAGUGACACCAUGUUCCUGGUCCAUGGGAUGUCAUUCUGUGCUCACCGCUGCGUCCUUGGUGCUCGAAGCCCAUAUUUCGCUGAAAUGUUUGAAACCAAAUGGAAGGGAAAGAAUAUGAUUGGUCUCAAACAUCCGCUGAUAAAUCCGGCAGCUUUUGGCUCCAUUCUUCAGUACCUGUACACAGGUCGCAUGGACAUCAAUGUGGAGCAUGUGGAGGAUUGCAAGAGGUUGGCUAAGCAAUGUCGGCUGCAGGACCUCAUUGAGGAGCUGGAGGAGAAAUGUAAAAAGGUCUAUGAAUUUGUGUCUUCCAAGCCGGGAACAUGUGUAAAAGUUCUGACUGUGGAACCAUCUGGAAAUGGACGUCUGCAGGAAGAUUUGGCGAUGUUGGCAGACUGCGCGGUGCCAGCUGAGCUAAGGGUGGGGUUCGGUGAACUGCCGUUUGACAGUACAGAUAAUUUCUGCAGUUACCCUGAUGUCUGUUUCCAGAUCCAGGGUUACAACUUCUUGUGUCACAAGUCGUUUUUCUGUGGCCGGAGCGACUACUUCAAAGCUUUGCUGCAAGAUCACUUCUGUGAGAGCCAGGAGCUGCAGAGCCAGCCCAGCAUCCCGGUGAUUACCCUGCACAACAUCAACGAGGAGACCUUCACCCGUGUCCUAUACUACAUCUACAGCGAUGACACCGAGCUGAGUCCAGAGAACGCUUACGAGGUGUUGUGUGUCGCUGACCUGUAUCUACUUCCGGGACUGAAGCGAUUGUGCGGGAAAGUGUUGGCGCAAAUGCUGGACGAGGACAGCGUUAUCGGAAUUUGGAAGAUUGCAAAACUCUUUCAGUUGACACGCCUGGAAGAUCAGUGUACAGAGUACAUGGCCCGAAUUAUAGAGAAGUUGGUUGAUUCAGAAGAGUUUGCAGCUACCGUGCGAGAAGAUGCCGCUGCAGUCGAGGAACGGCAAGAGACUGACUCCAUCCCUCUGAUUGACGACAUCCGCUUCCAUAUUACCAGCAAUGUACAAACCUACAGCGCCAUCGAAGAAGCUAACCAGCGAUUAGAGGCUUUGGAGGAUCUGCUGGGGAGUUUGGGACUGGAAUGCUGA